CAAAGCUGCAACCACACUGCGGUUGGUUUAGUGUUGUGUAGCAGGUGAACAAAUCCUUCCACGGAUUCAGAGACCAGAGUUUGUAAAAUGAUUAUUUUGGGCAGCAGGCACCUGGUUUUGUGUUGCAAUCUUCUUGUUUGUCUCCUUUUAGGUUGUGUGUCUGCAGAGAUCACAAUAGCCACAGUGGGAACAGAUGUUACUCUAACGUGCAACUACGAUGCUCAGUACUACGGUAAGCUGCCUGUAUGUUGGGGUCGGGGAGCCAUACCCAACAGAGGAUGUGCCGGCGAGGUGAUCAAGACAGACGGGGAGUCGGUGAUCAGCCGACUGUCCGAGCGUUACCUGCUCGUGGGUAAUCUGGGCGACGGUGAUGUGUCGCUGACCAUCAGGCAGGUAGAGGAGAGUGACUCUGGGAUGUACGGCUGCCGUGUGGAGAUACCAGGCUGGUUCAAUGAUCACAAACAUCAGCUGACUCUGACUGUAAAUGCAGUGCGGCCUAAUCCCCUGAAGGUAGAGCCGAGAGAGGUGAAGGAAAGAACGAUCACUGUUCGCUGGACUCCUGUGUUUGAUGGCGGCAGGCCCAUUACAGCCUACAGGAUUGAUCUAAAAAACAAACAGGCUUCCUGGGAUACAGCAGUAAGAACUGAAAUGUCAAAUCCUGAACUGACUCAGGUGACUUUGGUGGAUUUGCGUCCAUCCAAGACCUACAACCUUCGCAUGUUUGCCAUCAACAGUGUGGGCAUGAGUGAAUCCAGCAACGUUCUGACGGUCACAACUAAAGAAGCAGCACCAGACGGUCCUCCACUGGACAUGCAGCUUGAAGCCCUCAGUCCUCACAGUAUGAAAGUUACUUGGAAGCCUCCGAAGGCCGAUCUCAGAAACGGCGUCCUGCGGACUUACAGCAUCAGCUACAGAGAGUACGACUCCACAGGCAGACAGUUUAAACGGUGGCAGCACUUAAGCGUGAUGGCCACACGUGAACAGGAGAGUGUCACCCUGCAGAAUUUGAAGGCUUCUACAAUGUACGGCGUGCUUAUACAGGCCAAAACAAAUGCAGGAAUAGGUCCUGCCUCAACUGCACCUCUCUGCUCCACUCUGGAUAAGGUUCACAAAACCACAGUGGCAACUAGUAUGUCUUCUUCCACCACUGCCACAACACAGAUAAAAGGUUUUACUUCAGUUCACACAACUUCAACACCUGGAACGACUUCUGUGGCCACAGUCUGGGAAGAAAGCACCGCAAGUAUCACAUCAGCUGCUGUGUGCUGCUUAGUGGCUCCGGAUCCCCCGGUAGUUGAAUUAAAGGAGGUGAAAGACAAUACAAUUUCUCUUUCUUGGACUGUUGGAUUUGAAGGUGACAGCCCCGUCACUGGCUACUACCUGGAGUACAAAGCAGUGAAUGCUUCGUGGGAUUACACAAAGACUGUUGUAGACUUCGGCCCCAACCAGACAGAGGCCACGAUCAUAGAGAUAAAUCCCUCAACGUACAACAUCCGCAUGUUUGCUAAGAACAGUCUGGGAACCAGUAGAGCCAGCAAUGUCCUCACGAUCACCACUGGAGAAACAGGUCAUCAGAGUGAUAAUCUCCUCACCACCGUAUCACCUGACACUGAUGCCAUAGUGAGUACUGAUGACAGUCACGGAGGUCACCUGGCUGCCAUCAUUGUGCCAGUGGUGCUGGUGAUGGUGGCUGUUGCCGUAGUAACCAUGUGGCAGCUUCGACGAAUAAAACAGAAAAAAGGCAACCUGAACAUGUGGCUGAGCAAUGGAGCGCUACGUUACAGAGGCUCUGAGUCGCUACAAGAGCUGUAAAACCUUGAGUUAUUUUGCAUUUUAACCUCACAAAGAAGUGUUACUUUUUAUUUUAUUAAAUCUAAAAAAAGAUAUUUCUGUUCAUUUUGUCGUUUUGGAAAGAAACCAAAUCUUCACCUGCAUGUUUAGCUGAUUAAAACUAACCAAAACUAGGGAAUCCUCUAUUUUGAUACAACACUCCCUAACGAUGCUCACUAACUAAGGUGUAGUUUGGGUUUUGUACAGUAAUUUCUAAUCUGUGUAUUGUUUCAACUGUUUCAAUUUCAAUUUGUUAUUUACACUUUUAUAACUAUCAACAGGUAUUCAGAUUACUUGUGAUAUUUUUAAGUGACAUUUUGUGUAAUGGAAAGGUACUACAGCUUUGCUAUGGUGCUAUUUUCUUUCUUUCUUUUUUUUUUUCCGUUUUGACAAUAAACUUCUACAGUGUUUGUUCA